AUGAAUUCACUUAGCCUACAAAAGAUGAAAGUCCUAGUUUUGCUGCUUUCUGUAAUAUUUAUCCAUUCUAAACACACAGGACGUGAUUAUGAAAAAUCUAAAGUCUGUAAGGAUUUCACCAGUUUGGGGAAAGACAACUUCCAAUCAUUAUCACUUGUUCUAUACAGCAGAAAAUUUUCCAGUGGCACCUUUGAAGAGAUCAAAGCCUUAGUCGAUGAAGUUGUCUCCUUGACAGAAGAGUGUUGUGAUAUGAAUGCUGCCCCUGACUGCUAUGAUACAAGGACUACCGAAUUGUCCAGUAAGUCCUGUGAGUAUGACACUCCAUUCCCCAAACACCCAGAUACAGACAAGUGCUGUGCCCAAGAAGGUCUGGAACGAACACUCUGUAUGGCUGCUCUCAUGCACCCACCCCAAUUGUUCCCAACCUACAAGGAGCCAUCAAAUGAAGAAAUAUGUGAAUCCUUCAGAAAGAAACCCAGGGGAUUUAAUGAAAAGUAUUUAUAUGAAUACACUAGCAGUUAUGGACAAGCUCCACUCCCACUUUUACUAAGUUACACCAAGAACUAUCUCUCUAUGGUGAGCACCUGCUGUACAUCAUCUGACAUCGCAGCUUGCUUUGCUAAAGAGAGGUUUGAGAAUAAAUACCUAACACUACUUACCACAUUGUCAGAUGAAGUCUGCUCAGAUUUUGCUGUCAAGGGGAUGGAAAAAACAAAGUUCAGCUACAUUGUCGAGUUUUCCCAAAAAGCACCAAUAGCUGAUUUAGAAGAUAUAGAACAAGUGGCUGAAAGCAUGACCAACGUUCUCUCUGAGUGCUGUGAUUCCAUCAUUGAGGACUGCAUGGCUAAUGGGAUUGCAGAAUAUACUGUAAAUGCUUGUGAGAAUUUAUCUGGAAAGGAAAAAGAGUUCAAAAAUUGUUGUGAAGAGAAAAACCCAAUGAACAUUUUCUUGUGCAUUUAUUCUAUGCCAGUGGCUCAACCUAUCAAACUUCCAGAUAUUGUCAAUCCCACUAAUGAAAAAAUAUGCAACACAGAAAACACUAACAAAAUAGAGAAAUACAUCUUUGAACAAAGAAGGAAACCAAACAUCCCAGAAGUGUUCAUCAGGAGAGUACACAGCUUAUGUGUGGAAGCUCUGAGACAAUGCUGCAAAAAUGAAAAACCACUGGCUUGUCUGAAUUCCAAGAGACCAUUAGCAAGAAGUGAAAUUAUCCCAUUCUUAGCCAAGGGAGAAGAACACUGUGCUGAUUACUCAAGACUUACUUUUCCUGACUUCAAAAAAAGGUAAAGUACAUAUUUCAGUUAA